AUGGCAGCGACGCACGCGCCAGCGAGGAGGCCGGAGUGGAGCUGGGCAGGGGAGGGCGACGAGCGUGGCGCAGGCGGCGAGGGGAGCGGCACUGCGCGCGGGCAGCACAGGCAGAGGUGGGACGCAACGGCGGCGACGAGCGGCUGCCCUAGGCAAGGCCGUGGCCGGAGCGGCGCGUGGUCGGCAGCGAAGCAGCGAGCAGGGGCCGCGGCAGGAGAGCCCGGGGGCGCGGUGGCGUGGAGCAUGCGACGGACGAGGCCACCGCGGGCGGCGGUGCGAGCCACGGUGCGGGCGCACGAGCGCGCGGGCUUCGGCGCGUGCAGGCGCGGCCAGGAGCAUGGGGGAAGCGCGCGGGCAACGCGAGGGAGCAGCAGUAGCGGCAGUGUUGUCGCGGCGACGGGCGUGCACGGGACGCACACGUGCGGUGGCCACAGCGACGAGGGCGGGGUGCGCGACCGCGCGCGCGCAGUGCGGGCAGGCGGCAAGCCGCAACUGCAGAGGAAGGGAAGCUACGGUGGCUAG